CAAGGACGGGAGGAGGCAGCGCCACCACACCAAACCAAGUCCUCACCUCUCUCUCUACGAUGCCUCCGCGCUUACGUGCCACGGCGGCGAGGCUUCUCGUGCUCCUCGCGUGCGCGUGCGCGGUGUUCGUCCCGCCGUGCCGCUGUGCCAGCGACCAGGGCGAGGCGCUGCUGCGAUGGAAGGCGUCGCUGACGAACGGGACGCGCGGCGGCGGGGGUGGCGGAGCGUUGGACUCGUGGAGGGCGUCGGACGCGAGCCCGUGCCGGUGGCUCGGCGUGUCGUGCGACGCGCGCGGGGACGUCGUGGCGGUGAGCAUCAAGUCGGUCGACCUUGGCGGCGCGCUUCCGGCGGUGAGCUUGCUGCCGCUGGCCAGGUCGCUGAAGACGCUGGUGCUCUCCGGCACCAACCUCACCGGCGUGAUCCCGAAGGAGCUCGGCGACCUCGCCGAGUUGAACACACUUGACCUCACCAAGAACCAGCUCUCCGGCGCGAUCCCGGAAGAGCUGUGUCGGCUGAGGAAGCUCCAGUCGCUGGCGCUCAACAGCAACUCGCUGCGGGGCGCCAUCCCCGACGGCAUUGGCAACCUCACCAGCUUGACGUCCCUGACGCUCUACGACAACGAGCUGAGCGGCACCAUCCCGGCGAGCAUCGGCAACCUGAAGAAGCUGCAGGUGCUCCGCGCCGGCGGGAACCAGGCGCUGAAGGGCCCGCUGCCGCCGGAGAUCGGCGGUUGCAGCGACCUCACAAUGCUCGGCCUCGCCGAGACCGGCCUCUCCGGCAGCCUCCCGGAGACGAUCGGCAACCUCAAGAAGAUUCAGACCAUCGCCAUCUACACCGCGAUGCUCACCGGCUCGAUCCCGGAGAGCAUCGGCAACUGCACCGAGCUCACCAGCCUGUACCUGUACCAGAACACCCUCUCCGGCGGUAUCCCGCCGCAGCUCGGCCAGCUGCGCAAGCUGCAGACUGUGCUCCUAUGGCAGAACCAGCUCGUCGGCACGAUCCCGCCGGAGAUCGGCAACUGCAAGGAGCUCGUGCUCAUCGACCUGUCGCUGAACGAGCUCACCGGCCCCAUCCCGAGAAGCUUCGGCAGCUUGCCGAACCUGCAGCAGCUGCAGCUCAGCACCAACAAGCUCACCGGCGUCAUCCCGCCGGAGCUCUCGAACUGCACAUCGCUGACCGACAUCGAAGUGGACAACAACCAGCUCACCGGCGUGAUCGGCAUCGACUUCCUGAGGCUGCGCAACCUGACGCUGUUCUAUGCGUGGCAGAACCAGCUCACCGGCGGCGUGCCGGCGAGCCUUGCACAGUGCGAGAGCUUGCAGUCGCUGGACCUCUCGUACAACAACCUCACCGGCCCCGUCCCGAGGGAGCUGUUCGCGCUGCAGAACCUCACCAAGAUUCUCCUGCUCAGCAACGAUCUCUCCGGUUUCAUCCCGCCGGAGAUUGGGAACUGCACCAAUCUCUACCGGCUCCGGCUGAACGAAAACCGGCUGUCGGGCACGAUCCCGGCGGAGAUCGGCAACCUGAAGAACCUCAAUUUCCUUGACCUCGGCAACAACCGCCUCACCGGCCCGGUGCCGGUGGCGCUGUCCGGCUGCGACAACCUCGAGUUCAUGGACCUGCACUCCAAUGUUCUCACCGGCACAUUGCCGGAAAAGCUGCCGCGCAGUCUCCAGUUCGUUGACAUCUCCGACAACCGGAUCACCGGCGUGUUGGGCGCCGGCAUUGGGUCGUUGCCGGAGCUGACGAAGCUGAACCUCGGGAAGAACCGGAUCUCCGGUGGCAUACCACCGGAGCUCGGUUCUUGCGAGAAGCUCCAGCUGCUGGACCUCGGUGACAACGCGCUUGCCGGUGGCAUCCCGCCGGAGCUCGGGAAGCUCCCUUCCUUGGAGAUUUCGCUUAACCUCAGCUGCAACCGCCUCUCCGGCGAGAUCCCGUCGCAAUUUGGCGGCCUUGAUAAGCUCGGUUGCCUCGACGUAUCGUACAAUCAGCUCUCCGGCAGCCUUGAGCCAUUGGCAAGGCUGGAGAACCUCGUCACGCUCAACAUCUCCUACAACGACUUCUCCGGCGAGCUUCCCGACACGCCUUUCUUCCAGAAGCUCCCCAUCAACGACAUCGCCGGCAACCACCUGCUUGUCGUCGGCUCCGGUGGCGACGAGGCCUCCCGGAGAGCGGCCAUCUCGUCUCUGAAGCUAGCCAUGACGGUCCUCGCCGUAGUGAGCGCGCUCCUCCUCCUAUCAGCGACCUACGUGCUCGCCCGCUCUCGCCGCAACAGCAACGGCUCCAUCCACGGCGCCGACGAGAGGUGGGAGGUGACCCUGUACCAAAAGCUCGACUUCUCCGUCGACGAGGUGGUGCGGUCCCUGACGUCGGCGAACGUGAUCGGGACUGGAAGCUCCGGCGUGGUGUACCGCGUGGGGCUCCCGAACGGCGACUCCCUCGCCGUGAAGAAGAUGUGGUCCUCCGACGAGGCCGGCGCGUUCCGCAACGAGAUCACGGCGCUGGGCUCGAUCCGCCACCGCAACAUCGUCCGCCUCCUCGGGUGGGGCGCGAACCGGAGCACCAAGCUGCUCUUCUACACCUACCUCCCCAACGGCAGCCUCAGCGGGUUCCUCCACCGCGGCGGCGUCAAGGGCGCCGCCGAGUGGGCUCCCCGCUACGACAUCGCCCUCGGCGUCGCCCACGCCGUCGCCUACCUCCACCACGACUGCCUCCCCGCCAUCCUGCAUGGCGACAUCAAGGCUAUGAACGUCCUCCUCGGCCCGCGCAACGAGCCGUACCUCGCCGACUUCGGCCUCGCCCGCGUCCUCUCCGGCGCCGUCGGCUCCGGCUCCGCCAAGCUCGACUCCUCCAAGCCACGCAUCGCCGGCUCCUACGGCUACAUCGCACCAGAGUACGCGUCCAUGCAAAGGAUCACGGAGAAGAGCGACGUGUACAGCUUCGGCGUGGUGGCGCUGGAGAUCCUGACGGGGAGGCACCCGCUGGACCCGACGCUGCCAGGCGGGACCCACCUGGUGCAGUGGGUGCGCGAGCACCUGCAGGCGAAGCGCGCCGCGGCGGAGCUCCUCGACCCGCGGCUGCGCGGGAAGCCCGAGGCGCAGGUGCAGGAGAUGCUGCAGGUGUUCUCCGUCGCCGUGCUCUGCAUCGCCCACCGCGCCGACGACCGCCCGGCGAUGAAGGACGUGGUGGCGCUGCUGAAGGAGAUCCGGCGGCCGGCCGAGGGCGCCGGCGGCGAGGGGAAGGAGCAGACGUGUGGUGGUACGGCGGCGGCUCCGCCUCCUCCGGCGGCUGAGCAACGGUCGCCGGCGAGGAGCGCGCUGCCCAAUGGCGGGUCUUUUAGCUGCUCGUUUGCCAUGUCGGAUUACUCGAGUUGA